GAUAAGGUUGCGGCACUGAAGCGGAAGCUCGACGAUACUGAGGCGGAGAAGGACCGGCUUAUCAAAGAGGCUGAGCUCACACAAGCUCGACUGCAGCGUGCGGAGGUCCUCACCGUGGGUCUUGCCGGGGAAUCGGUGCGAUGGAAGGAGACUGUUGAGAAGAUGGACGUCGAGAUUGAGGCUCUCACUGGCGAUGUGUUCCUCUCGGCUGCGGCCAUCAGCUACUUUGGCUCCUUCACUGGACAAUACCGACGGGAAGUGGUCGGCGAGUGGUUGAGUAACAUGCAGAAAUUGAACAUACCCUGUUCGGAGACCUUCAGCCUCGUUGCCGUCAUGGGCAGCCCUGUGCAAGUACGAGAGUGGAACCUGCAGGGUCUACCGUCGGACAGUGUGUCGCUGGACAAUGGGGUUUUGGUUACUCGGGGGAAGCGGUGGCCAUUGAUGAUCGACCCACAAGAACAGGCGAACAAGUGGAUUAAGAAGAAGGAGGGCGCCGAGGGCAGCUCGGGGCAGCUACAACUGUUGAAACUGGGCAAUCCGAAGUUGUUACUUAUAGUGGAGAACGCCAUCCGCAUGGGUGACCCUCUUCUCAUUGAGGAUAUUGGGGAGGCUCUGGACCCCUCUCUGGAGCCAGUACUGCAGAAAGCUGUAUUCAACAACAAUGGCAGACUGCAAAUUCAUCUUGGCGACUCGGAU